CAAUCGGAUCUCAGGCGGACUACAAGCACUCUCUUACGUAGCCAUCCACAAGGAGAGAGCUAGCACAACAACACGGCUGAACCGCUCAACCAAUUUACCUGGUUUCUGAACCAUGUCUUUGAGCCCAAAGCACACAACGCCUUUCUCAGUGACAGACAUUCUGAGCCCUAUCGAGGAGACCUACAAGAAGUUUGCUGGCAUGGAUAGCACAGGGAACCUUACUUCUCCUUUGGGACCCUACCGACAGACCCAGGUUUCACAGCCUGGCAUGCAACAGCACACCAUGGGCCACAACGCCACCGUGGCUGCUACCUACCACAUGCCACACAGUGUGUCCCAGUUUCCUCAUAGUGCCAUGGGAGGAUACUGCAAUGGGAGCAUUGGCAACAUGGGGGACCUCCCUUCAUACCAAGAAACCAUGAGAAAUAGCGCCGCUGCCAGUGGAUGGUAUGGAGGAAACCCCGACCCCAGAUACUCAUCAAUUUCUAGAUUCAUGGGACCUUCUACCGGUAUGAAUAUGGCCGGAAUGGGAAGCUUAACCGGAAUGAAUGACGCGACAAAGUCAAUGGCACCUUUACACGCAGCCCCAAGGAGAAAAAGAAGGGUGCUGUUCUCUCAGGCACAGGUCUACGAGCUUGAAAGGAGAUUUAAGCAACAGAAGUACCUCUCAGCUCCCGAGAGAGAGCACCUGGCCAGCAUGAUUCACCUCACCCCAACCCAGGUCAAAAUCUGGUUUCAGAACCACAGAUAUAAGAUGAAACGGCAGGCCAAGGACAAAGCUACCCAACAACUCCAGCAAGAGAACAACUCGUGCCAGCAGCAGCAGCAGCAGCAGUCUCCAAGGCGAGUGGCGGUUCCUGUGCUGGUGAAGGAUGGGAAGCCCUGCCAGAAUGGCUCCAGCACUCCAACACCGAGUCAACAGCAGCAGCAGCAGCAAAACAGGUCUAGUGGAGUUCUAGCAGCCUCCAGCAAUGCCAUCACUCAGCACCCAAACCAGCAGGUAAACCCCUUAUCCCAGGCCCAAGACCUAGAGGAAAUGUCACCAAGCCCUCCAUCUCUACAUAACCAAAUGGCCAAUAUGGCUCAGAUAGACACAUCUGUAGAUUACACCAAUAACAUGGUCAGCCCCAAUAUGCUUUAUGGCAGAACAUGGUAGGAGCGACAUUUGAUUUUUUUUUCAUGGAGACAUAUUAGGCAAAUAAAAAAGAAAGAGCAUGUGGAACGGCACUGUGUUUAUAUUUCAAGUUUUUGAGCAUGAAAGCCUUCGGGGACCGGAUGGACUUUAUAGGUACCCCAAAGGCUCCUCGUGUUUUCUUCACCUUGUGUGUGCAACAAGCGAACAAAACAAAUGACUGGUUGCGUGAAACUGUGUGUGUUGUAUUUUUUUGGACUUCCUCAACAUUAUGUUAAUGUAGUACAAACUGUUGAACAGGAUAGUGAAUGCUGCUCCACGUAUUGGUGCCCACAUGGCUUUGGAUUGAGAAAAGAAAAAAGACCAUGGUAUAAACCUAUUCAAAAGGGACUAAACUAUGGGACCACGCCACAGUAUUCUACUUGAUAUUUGAAGGACGUGAUUUAGGUAUUGUGAAAUAAUUUGGAUGCGCAGUAUUAACAGAAAUAGAGACUGUAUAUUUGGCUAACACCUCAAAAUAAUCUCAAUGUACGAUACUGUAAAAUGGGGGUAACUAAUCGGAAGCAUCUCAGAACUAUUUCUUUUUGUAAUAAUUAAAAUAAAAGUCGUGUCUGCUGUAAAUAUGUUUCAUAUCCAUUGACAACAAAUCACUUGAAGCUCAACAUAUUUCUAAAGAAUUAAUUUUAUAAGGAUUCAGCCGGUGUGCAUUUUCAUUAUAUCGGAUUGAAAACAAAUUGAAAUGGAACUGAAGGUCGAAAGGGUGUAUUCAGUAUUAUCCACACGUUAUUGUUUUUGAAAUAAACUGUAAAUAAGUACAACAUAUGAGCCACCGAAGGGCUCCCGCUAGCUAGAAAAUAGACCUUCUUUGUCCCCAAAAUGACGUUUUAAAUUGAAGGUGGUAAUAUUCAAAAUAAACGAUUUUUUUCAAUCCUAAACCGAACUCUCUCUCUUGUUUUAGAAGCAAAUAAUUGAAUUGUAUUAAUAUGUUGUUGUUGUUUGUUUGUUCUUAAUGUUUUGUUUUUUUAAUUAAUACGUUUUAACGAGCCCAAAGCUUUAGUAAAACGUUGUAACUGGAUUUAUUUUGUGGUUUGUUGUUUAACUGAAAUAUUGUAAAAGUUCAUGACUUUAUAAGAACAAAUGUGGGUGAUUUAACAUUAACAGUUACUGUUGAAGUGUAGUAGUAGUACUUUAUAUAACGUGUAAUGUUUGCAGGUGAUUUGUUUUCUUUUUAAAUGAACCAUGCAUUUGUUUUUAAGUACCUUCAAUGGAAAUGCUGUUUAAGUAUAAACAAGUCCCAAUCAAGCUGACUAAUAAGAGUACAUUACAUUAAUACAAAUAUUAGUAAAGCACAAUAUCACAAAACUCUUUGAAAAAAGACAAAUUAAGGCACGCUCUUCUUUCCAGUCUUUGUGAAUUAAUAGCAAGCUUAAGUAAUUAAUCGUAUUAUUCAUUAAAGAUGACCUUUAUGUAUUUCUAAACAGAUUAAACUUUAUAUAUAAAAAAACAUUUCUUUUUCUAUGUUCAUACCCGUGACAAACAAUUCUCACACAUAUUCAUAGCAUGAUAUAAUAGUUUCAAACAUAUCUGAGCGCAUAAAUAACAACGCCAUUAUGCGAGCACUACCUAAUGAUUGUGUGUGUGUGUGUGUGUGUGUGUGAACAUCGGCAUGACUAACGUCUAUUGUUCACCGACGCGUAAAAGCCACCAAUAAAACACAUUUUUAUAAAUAUAAUUAUGUAUUAUUUUCUAAAUUAUCUGUACAUUUAUUUAAACAAUAGAAGGCUAUAAAGAAAAACAUUUCUUACACUUCAAACUGUGACAUGAGUAUCGAAAAAAAUAGAAAGCAUGGCCUAUAAUUAACGCAAAGGGUACCGGUGAAAAAAUGCUAGACCGUGUCUCAAUCAUAUGUACUUAU